AUGACCGACAGCAAGGUCCCUCAGCCGGGACCCGCCAAGUUGAAGCGCAAUGCCGGCCCUGAUGAGUGGCUCGAGGCUGCCAAGGACUGCAAAUAUCUGUCCGAGGCCCACAUGAAGCAGCUCUGUGAGAUGGUCAAGGAGUAUAUGAUGGAGGAAUCGAACAUUCAACCCGUCUCCACCCCCGUGACCAUCUGUGGUGAUAUCCACGGCCAGUUCUACGACCUUCUCGAGCUCUUUCGCGUUUCUGGUGGGAUGCCCGAUGGCUCGCAACCCGACGCCCCGAAAACCUCCCCCUCCGUCAUCUCCUCGACCGAUAUCGAACCCCCAUCUACCAUCACAGACCCUAAGAUCCGGAAGAAGUUAAGAGGACCCAACGGUGCCAACGAGGACGAGGACGGGGACGAGGAGGAGACUCAGCCCAGCCAGGCAUCGGAGGCUCAUGUGAACCGCAACUUUGUUUUCCUGGGUGAUUACGUGGAUCGGGGAUAUUUCAGUUUGGAGACCUUGACAUUAUUGCUCUGUCUCAAGGCGAAGUAUCCUGAUCGGGUCACGUUAGUCCGUGGCAACCACGAAUCCCGCCAGAUCACACAAGUCUAUGGUUUCUACGAGGAAUGCUUCCAAAAAUACGGCAGUGCUUCGGUAUGGAAGGCAUGCUGCCAGGUUUUCGAUUUCAUGACCCUGGGCGCCAUCAUUGAUGGCAAGGUCCUUUGUGUCCAUGGUGGACUGAGCCCGGAGAUCCGGACUCUGGACCAGGUCCGCGUGGUUGCUCGUGCACAAGAAAUCCCGCACGAGGGUGCAUUCUGCGAUCUGGUGUGGUCCGAUCCCGAUGACGUGGAAACGUGGGCAGUCAGCCCUCGCGGAGCAGGAUGGCUCUUCGGCGAUCGUGUCGCAGACGAGUUCUGCCAUGUCAACGACCUCUCAUUGAUUGCUCGCGCUCAUCAGCUGGUGAACGAGGGCUAUAAAUAUCACUUUUCUAACCAAAACGUCGUCACUGUGUGGAGUGCGCCUAACUACUGCUACAGAUGUGGUAAUUUGGCCUCGGUCUGCGAAAUCGGUGAUGACCUCAAGCCGACCUUCAAGCUAUUCAGUGCUGUCAGUGACGAUCAACGACAUGUGCCCACCUCGCGGCCAGGUCGCAGCGAGUACUUUUUGUAA